UGUCAGUUGCCUCGAACCACUACACCAUUGGAUUCUCUCUCUCUCUCUCUCACACACAAGUCUCCUGCUUGUUCUUGCUUCUUCACUCAGAGUCUCAGAGCUCCUCUGCUCAGUGCAAUUCUCUCUCUCUCUGCAAUCUGUUUCUUCUCCCUUGAAAGAAAGCUAGGGUUUCUCUGUUGCUCUUCACCUCUGUCAGUUCAUCGACCGGUGUAGCUACGAAGAUGGAGUAGCGGUUGGACUGCGUAUCGGAGUUUUGAUCGCCGAUUAUCAUUUCCGGCUGCAUUUUACGGCUUUGAUGGCGGCAGGCUAGGGUUUCGAGAGCUCCGAAAGAUGGAGAACUGGUGGAUGAACAAAUGUAAUUCGACAUUGCCUUCAAUAGCUUCGUCGUCUUCUCAGGAGCUUCGGAAUCAGAUGGAGAAUGCAGGCUAUUUUUCUUGUCCCCAUGGCUCACAAGAUUUGAGACCGGCGAUGCUUGGUAGGUUGCAGGAUCCUCUGCUUUCCAGCAUCCAGAGUUCAGGUUCCCACAGAUCAGAACAUGUUAAUUUGGGAAAUUCUUUUCUGUCUCUCCUAUCUGGGUCGCCGUCACUAUUGCAGCGUGAUUUUCAAGAUUUCUCAAAUUCCCAACCUAUUGGUACCUCUGGUAAAAUUCUACCCGAGGGUAAUAAUUCCAUUCUAAACGGUACUCAAAAUGUCAUCCCGUUGUCAUCCACCGGGCUACCAUCAGAAAAGUUGAGUUGGAAAAAUCUGCAAAGUGGAGCAGACUUCUGUCCCAAUGGAUCAUCAAAGGUAGUGCCAAGUUCCAUUUGUGCCAGCAAUUCUGUAUUGCAUGAUCUGCAGAGUUCAGACCUGGCCAAGGUAGUCAUCUGUCACAUGGGCCCUGGUAAUGAGAAACUAAAGACUUCUUAUGCCUCGAGUGGGGAAUGGCACAGUGCUGCUCCUGCAUCUAGAGGAAAUAUUCAAAUUUCCGAAAAAAUGCCACUGGAAGCAAACACCUUCGUAUCUAAUCAGGCAUCUACAGUAUGUCAUAGUGCUAGUCCUGCAGAUUCUUGGAAGGCUUGUAGAGAAAAUAUUCAUACUUCACAAAAAAUACCACUGGAAGCAAACUCUUUUAUUUCUUAUCAGGCAUCUAGUUUAUGGCAUGGCGCCAGUCCUGCAGACACUGGGAAGGCUUGUAGAGCUAACAUUGAAACUUCACCAAAAAUGCCAGUGGAAGCAUACUCUUUUUUAUCUAACCAGCCACCCAGUUUUAUGAAUGGUUGCCCUCGUGUUUUCUGCUCGACUACUAGUGGCUAUCUACUUCUUAGCAAUACAGGACUUCUUGGUAUUGUUUGCUCUUGCCAUUCUUUCCGCAUGUCUGCGUUUAAGUUUUGUGAGCAUUCAGGAUUAUAUGGUGUUAACCCAGGGGAUGCCAUUCGCAUGGACAGUGGAGAGACCAUUGCUCAAUGGUGCAAGCUCUAUCUCCCGAAGUUUGGGAUUAGGAUCCCUGCAGAUAAGAAUGAAUGGGACUGGCCUGAAGAAUUAUCAGCAACUGCCAGUUUGAUGAAAUCUAGUGUGCCUAUGCCAAAGAUAUCCAAUAGCUCGUCUGAUUUGGUCUUUUCACCUGGAGGUUCAGUAAGUUCUAAACAGUCUUUUGAUGGUGUUUCGCUAUCAAAGAAUUUUAUUCCAAGCCAGAGUUUGGUUAUUAGUGCUGUAUCAAAUAAACCCAAAAGGGCAUCAUCAGAUAGACCCGAAAGGAACAUUCAGGGUACUAACAACCUGUUUCUCAAGGCUUUGACUGGUACUUCACAGAGCAAUUUGCAUAUGGCAGAUAACCUGUUAAUGGAGCGUGCCAUGUCAACAUCAAAGUUAGUUGGUAAUGGUGCACAAGAUGGUUGUCAGUCUAUUUCUGCUUAUAGUGGAUCUAUGCACAAUAGAACCUCUUCCAUUGCCCACCGCACUUUACAGGAACGAAGAAUCAUUGGUAAAGAAUCAGACUUUUGCAGAAUUGAAAACACAAAGGAUGGUGCCUUCCGGGAUGCUGCGAUUUCAAAUAUAGAGCUGAGGCUUGGUCAACCUUACCAGUUGGCUCAAACUUCAGGAACUCCUGAUCUGUCAGCUGUAGGACCACCGCUCUUGGGCACUGUUGUAAAUCCAAUGAAAUCUCUCUUCCCUCAACAGAUGAUUGCUAACAGAGCGAAUUGCAGGGAAGAGGUGGAAUUGGGGCAAUGUGAUCAUUUUUCUGUGGACCCAUCCAAUCCCAGCAGAAAUAGAGAUCGGAACCAGUUAAACCAUGGAAUCAAUGCAUUUGUAAUCAGGAAUGCCAUAGAUGAUGAAAGGGUAGAGAAAUCCAGUAGCAACCUGGGCCAGAAUUCUGUGAUUUCAGUUCUUACCAAUCUCAAAUCUCCAUCUAACGAAAAUACACAAUCAAAAGCCAAUAACUAUAUGUUCAAUGACAGUGGGAAUACUAUGAGAAAUACACUACAUUCUGAACCUCUACCGGUCAAGUAUGACCUGGCUACUGUCCUGCGGAGUGCAGGUAAUAGUGAAAGGCAACAGGACAUGUUGCACUUUGGCUCCUAUAAACUAAAAGACAAUGAUAAAGGGCUGAGUUUUGCUGCUGAUGGCUCUUACCUUGCAAAGGAUUUGGGGUAUAGAAUACGCAAGGAAAUGGAAGUUUCUAGCUCUUUCAAUAGGUUGAGUGGUAAUGGUGAACCUAAUUUUUUAACAGCAUAUAGAAACAGCUGCUACUCACAGCAGUUGUCGGGUAUACCACUGGGUACACCUGAUUCCAGAAUAAGUUCCAACUAUCCUGAGAAGGUUAUUUCUUUUGCAAAUAGUGGGCAAGUUGAUCAUGUCUACCUUCGACCCUUGGCUUCAUCUAUGGGAUCUGGGAUGAAAGUUCCUACUCAGGCAGUCUCAAAAGGUGUUCCUGUGAGUGCAUCAACCUCUUUAGCAGAUCUGAUACCACCUUUCUGUAGGGAAGAGUUCAUUGGAGUUCACACUCAUUUGCGUGAUGAUAAAUUACAAGUGUCUGCACCAAGGCAAAUGCAAGAGAUAUCGAAGCAACAGCAUGCGCUGCCUUCCCUUUCUAAGAACCAAGGGGAAGGAAGAUUUGGUUGCUCUUCCUAUAUGCAGCAUCCUCUUCUAGAAACUUCAGCAUCUGGGAAGCAAAGCCACAAACAUAGUCUUAGCAAUAAAUAUGAUGUUUCUGAAGCUGCAGUUAAUCCACUCCAAUCUGGUGUUACCUGUAGGAUUGGAACUGAUGAAGGUUUUGUUUCCAUGACAGGUGUUAACUGCUGUUGUCACUUCUCACGAUAUAAACAAGGAAAUGCAUUAGAUUCUAAAGAAGUUGAUCUGAAACAUCAAAUUGGGCAGCCCUCACCAAGGAUUGGAAAGAAGUCGAAGGACGUCCCUGAGCCUAGUGAGCAAGAAGAAAGGUGCUGUCACAAAGUGCCCUGUGGUAAUUUUCAUGGCAGCUCCAGUUGUGCAGCCUACAGAAACUGUUUAGAAAGGAAUUUUGAAUCAAGAAUUGGAAGCUUACCUACUGUGUCCAAGGGUCAAAUGGGAACAGUCAAUAGUGAAGUCUCUAUGAUAUUUUCUCCACAAUUUGCUAACAGCCAAAUUAUUCCGAAGGAUAAACCUGUUUCCUUAGAUCAUAAGAGAAAGUUGAGUGGAGAAGUACCCAAUAACAAUGCUUAUCAUACUUCUCAGUGGAGAGAUGUGCCAAGUAAGGUCAAAGGGGUUUCUGACGUGACGCGUGUGGACCGUUUAGCUAAUCUGUUUGAUGCAACAAGAGAAGACCAAGAGAAACUUGGAGAUACUUGCGUUAAAUGCUUCAAUGGGACUGUGCAGAUGGCGAACUCCAUGAAAGAGCAUGAAGUAUCUGAUAUAUCUUCUGGAUGCUCUGCGCCCGCGGUUAGUCAGCCAUCAAUAGAGGUUAACAAUAUGGGUUCUUCAACUAAUGAUGCCGGGGAUAAUGGAUGUGGAAGCAAUUUUGUUGUUGAUGAAGGAUCAGGCAUUGACAAAGCGUGGUCAUCGGAUGAUGCACUUGAAAGUGAAAAAGGUGCCAAGUUCCUUGCCUCUACUGGUUCCAGCCUGAGAAAAGUCGGGCCUCCCAAGAAUUUAAAUCGUCAAUCUUCAUCUUGCCUUCUUGAUGACCUUAAACUCCUAAACUCUUUAACAUGGCAGAAAGGUCGAGAUCAUAUCCCAGCCGGGCUCGCCCUUCAUGAUAAAGACAAACAUCUUCAUAACUUGGAACAAGGCUUGAAUAUUAAGAAGAGAAAGAGAGAACUGGGAUUGAAAUUGAAUGCUUCAUGUCCCACUUCAGAUUCUUCUCGAGUAAGACAAGAGAAUCCCAAAAGUAAUGGCACUUCUCAGUUUAUUUCCCGACCAUCGAAGAGUUUAAAGAUGCUUUUAACAUCAAGGAAAUCGGAAACUCAUGCCAUUGGGAACUGCAUUACUCAAUCCGGUUCUAAACCCAGACUACAUAUAUCAUGUUCAGCAAAGAAACUCUUGCAUAGAAGUGAUUUACACAGACUACAUAAUGAUAAAGACAGUGAAGUGAAUAGUGUUUUCCCGAGAGAACUAAAUGGUGGUACUAACAAUUAUGAAAUUGCUGAAGUUUCUGGUGGGGAGACAGGUAAAAGAGAUUGCAGUACCAAUGCUUUUAGUCAGUUCCAGAUAGAAGAAUCUAGUCGAGAAGAUGCUAAAAAAACAAAGUGCAAUUCUGUAGAUGGUUUCAAAUCAACUUCUAGUCAGCAAGUGAAUAUUGGUCAUAGGAAGGCAAGGCCAAUAGUAUGGGGAAUAUAUGGUGAAUUAACUGAUGGAAGCUUGACUGGACAAAGGUCAAAACCGGCAAAACUUGUUCCUCUCAGCAGGGUUCUUAAUUCUUCCCGAAAGUGCAUGCUCCCCAAACUUUGCAACUCUAAAUCAACUUCCAUGAGGAAGAGGAACCUUGGUGGGGAUGUCAUAUGCAAUACAUAUGACUUGAAGACUGAAAAAUACAACAAAUGUUGUAAUGCUACAGUUAAAAUCAAUGAUACUUCCAUGAGAAAAAAGAAGAAAGAACGCUCCACUGGAGACAGGGAAUUUCAUAAAGAGCUGUUCUCGUUGGAGAAACAAGGAGAUGUUCAAAGUGAAAAGGAUCAUCGUAAGCUAGACGGUAUUACCCAUACUCAAUCGCAGCUGAAGCCUAAGGAAAUUCGGAAACGCAGCAUAUAUGAAUUGACAGAAAAAGGGGAGGAUCCCGGCUUUAAAAGUUCUUCCGUCGCAAAGAUUUCAAUUUGCCUGCCAGCAAUGAAAGACUGCAAACUUCUAAAUACCGGUGAAGUUAGUGGAUUAUGCCAACAUAGUGCUAAAAACAAAUUCCGGUGCAGUUCUACUCAAGAGCACUGGUGCCAUAGUGAUCUCGACUCAGUUGCAUUCUGCUGUGUCUGUGGUAGCUCAAACCAAGAUGAAAUCAAUAACUUAUUGGAGUGUAGUCAAUGUUUAAUCAGAGUGCAUCAGGCUUGUUAUGGUGUGUCAAAAGUACCUAAGGGCCGUUGGUCUUGCAGGCCAUGUCGGACGAGUUCAAAAGAUAUUGUAUGCGUUCUUUGUGGUUAUGGUGGUGGUGCCAUGACUCAAGCACUGCGGAGUCAGACAAUUGUUGAAAGCAUUUUAAGAGCUUGGAACAUUGAAACAGAAAGUGGGCCCAAGAAUGAGCUUUGUUCUGUUAGUAAGACCAAGGUACAUAACAGCAUUACCAUGGGAUUAGUUGAUUCAGCAACUAAACAGUGGGUUCAUAUGGUUUGUGGGCUUUGGACUCCUGAAACACGAUGCCCAAAUGUUGACACCAUGAGUGCUUUUGAUGUAUCUGGUGUUCCAGUCCCUACUGCAGAUAUGAUUUGCUGUAUGUGUAAGCGAGCAGGUGGCUCCUGUAUACAGUGCAGGGUUGAAAAUUGUUCUGUUCGAUUUCACCCAUGGUGUGCUCAUCUGAAGGGUCUGUUGCAAACCGAGGUUGAAGGCGUUGACAAUGAGAAUGUUGGUUUUUAUGGAAGAUGUUCACUUCAUGCUACACAUCCCAUUUGUAAAUCAGACUAUCCUGUUGACACUGACUCUGGUUGUCUGGAGGAAAAGAAAUUAGCCUGUGCCAGAACUGAGGGUUACAAGGGCCGUAAACGUGAUGGCUUCAGGCAUAACUAUUGUGAUCGAUCAAAAGGAAGUGAUGGAUCCCUUGUUCCUCAGGAGCAGUUAAAUGCUUGGGCUUAUAUUAAUGGGCAUAAGUCAUGCACACAGGAGCUUCCUAAACUGGCAGUAUCUGAUAUAGAGCACGACUCUCGGAAAGAAUACACACGCUAUAAGCAAGCAAAGUCUUGGAAGCAUCUUGUAGUAUACAAGUCCGGCAUACAUGCCCUUGGUCUUUACACAUCUCGGUUCAUUUCCCGUGAUGAAAUGGUCGUUGAGUAUGUUGGAGAGAUUGUGGGGCAACGUGUUGCUGAUAAAAGGGAAAAUGAAUAUCAAUCUGGAAAAAAGCUUCAGUACAAGAGCGCGUGCUACUUUUUCAGGAUAGACAAAGAGCACAUCAUUGAUGCUACAUGCAAAGGGGGGAUUGCUCGAUUUGUUAACCAUUCCUGCUCGCCAAAUUGCGUUGCCAAAGUGAUAUCAGUGAGGAAUGAAAAGAAGGUUGUAUUUCUUGCAGAGAGGGACAUUUUCCCGGGAGAAGAGAUUACAUAUGACUACCAUUUUAACCAUGAGGAUGAAGGUAAGAAGAUUCCAUGUUCUUGUAACUCAAAGAAUUGCAGGCGCUACUUGAAUUGAGACGAUGUAAAUUAUUGUAAAUCCUUGUAUUCAAGCACAAACUGAUCCAGCAUCAUGAAUGCAGCAGUCUUUUUUUUUUGGCC